CAAUUCCUCACCCCAACUCGACAGCCGCAUUCCCGCCCUUCCCAAACCACAACCUCGCUCACAUACUGCAGAAAAGAUCGACUAUAAUCAAAGGCAACCCGACUCGCCACGGUUUCAUCGCGCUCAGAUCAACAGGACAGACAGCGUCUUCAUCGAAAGUGCCAUCCAAUAAUUGAGUCGUCCUUCGGCGACGAGAGGCGUCUAAAUUGCGCGUGCCACGAAGUCGAGUAUCACGCCACCCAACGCAACGAGGAGAUCAAUCAUCCUCACCACUCUACGCGCACAAUGGUUCUCCUAUCCGAAGACUCGUCAGACAUUAGCUCCUUGUCCUCAGACGACUCCCCCGAGCCGGAGCAGGAGCAGGAGCAGGAGAAUGAUUUCGAGGACACCGAGAUUGUGGAGGAGCCGGAGCCUGUGCUUCCGCCUACGAAGAAGCAGAGACUAGCCACAGCAUCGCGCGCCUCGUCGGCGAUUCACGUAGAGCCAGAAGCCGACUCUGACCACGGUCACGACCUGGAUGGCGACAUCUCAUCAGACACGUCCGGCGACAUCCCAAACUCGCCGAUCAACGCGAAGCUAGAUGAAGAGGAAUUCCACGAGCAAGUGACCGUGUGCGCGUGGGACGGCUGCGAAGCCGGCGACUUGGGAAAUAUGGACAAACUCGUCGAGCACAUCCACAACGACCACAUCGAGAGCCGCCAGAAACGUUACACAUGCGAGUGGGUGGGCUGUCCUCGCAAGAGCAUGCCGCAUGCCAGCGGCUAUGCGUUGAAGGCGCAUAUGCGCAGCCACACUCGCGAAAAGCCAUUCUACUGCUAUCUACCUGAGUGCGAUCGCGCUUUCACAAGGUCCGACGCCCUCGCCAAACACAUGCGGACUGUCCACGAGACUGAAGCCCUCCGACCGUCCGACCCUGUUCCGAAGUCGAUGCAGCACUCUAACUCGUCCAACGCAAAGGGCAAGCCGUUCAAGAUAAUACUAAAGACGCCACAAUCGCAUCUUGGCGGCGGACAGCAGGACGACUCUGUCGAUGACACUGAUGGUGGAGACGAUGCGGUCGGCGCCGACUUCUUCACGCCUCUAACGGAGGAGCAAGGAUUCACACAAAAGGAGCUCAGCAUGGAUCUCGAAUCCCUAUGGAAACUGUGCGUCGCCAAUGUGAAAUGGGGCACCGCCGACGGUGACAUGCUGCGCAAACAAUGCAAGGAGCUCGAGGAGGAAUACCGCAAAGAAUGGCUCGAGAAGGAGGUGGUUCUAGACCAGGUGUCCCAGGUCGAGGAGGACUGGUGGCAGCGCCGACGUGCGGUUCUCGCAGCCGAGGCAAAAGCACAGGGGCUGUCCGCCACAAAUAACAUCAUGGCAAAGCGGUCCGUGGAGAGCGAGGCGCCUGCCGAUGGAGAGAACGCCGAUGUCGAGGCAAACAUGUCUGAUGCGGCAGGCCCCCCAGCCAAGAGAAGUAGAUCUGUUGACGUGGACAACGAUGAGGCCAUGGCGUCGUAAGGAUGUUGCAUGCAAAAGCUCAAAAAGAGCUCAGGCCUUGAAGUUACGUACAUUUGGUUUUCGCACAGGAGCAAGGAAGCCUUAAUGAAUUUAAUGAUUCAAUACAGUCUAUUGAGAGCGAGCAAUUCCAUG